AUGGGUUUUUGUUACCUUGGGUAUUGUCGGAAAUUCAUCGACUAUGUUUCAUUCACCAAUUUUCACUCUCGAUGGCGCCACCCAUGUUCCUUUCUUUACUCCACCACAUCCAACGCGUCACCACCACCACUUGGUGCCCUUCAUUGCCACUACUUCAAAAAUGGUUCUCUUCAAAAUACGAACUUGGCUAACUAUCUUUUAUCUCUCUAUGUUAAAUCCAGCAACAUGAACCAUGCUCAUAAGCUGUUUGAUGAAAUUCUCCACAAAGACACUCAAACAUGGACCAUCCUUAUAUCAGGUUUUGCUAGAGCUGGCUCUUCAGAGUUGGUGUUUAGCCUUUUUAGAGAAAUGCAAGCAAAGGGUGCUUGUCCAAAUCAGUAUACAUUGUCUAGUGUUUUCAAGUGUUGUUCAGGUGUAAGCAAUCUUCAAUUGGGUAAAGGAGUCCAUGCAUGGAUUCUCAGGAAUGGGGUUGAUGGAGAUGUUGUGCUGGAGAAUUCUAUUCUUGAUCUUUACUUGAAAUGCAAGGCAUUUGAAUAUGCUGAAUGUUUUUUUGAGUUGAUGGUUGAGAAAGACGUUGUGUCGUGGAAUAUAAUGAUGGGUGCGUAUCUACGUGAAGAAGAUGUGGAUAAGUCUCUUGACAUGUUUAGGAACUUUCCUUACAAAGAUGUUGUGAGUUGGAAUAUUAUCAUAGAUGGGUUGAUGCAAUGUGGUUAUGAAAGAUUAGCUUUGGAACAGCUAUAUUCUAUGGUGAAGCAUGGGACUGAAUUCUCUGCAGUCACUUUCUCCAUAGCUCUUAUUUUGGCUUCCUCUUUGUCGCUUGUUGAGGUUGGGAGACAAAUUCAUGGGAGGGUCUUAAAAUUUGGCCUCAACAGUGAUGGCUUUAUAAGGAGUUCACUUGUGGAAAUGUAUGGCAAGUGUGGGAGAAUGGAUAAGGCAUCUAGAAUUCUCAAAGAUGUACCUCUGAAUUUUUUGAGAAAAGGGAAUUUUGGAGAUACUUGCAAGGAACCUAAGGCAGGAAUAGUUUCAUGGAGUUCAAUGGUUUCCGGUUAUGUUUGGAAUGGAAAGUACGAAGAUGGUAUUAAAACUUUCAUGUCAAUGAUUCGUGAAUUAGUUGUUGUGGAUAUUCGAACUGUUGUAACCAUUAUUUCUACCUGUGCCAAUGCUGGAGCUUUGGAGUUUGGUAAGCAGAUUCAUGCCUACAUUCAAAAAAUUGGGCAUAGAGUGGAUGCUUAUGUUGGUUCGUCAUUAAUUGAUAUGUAUUCUAAAUCCGGUAGCUUGGAUGAUGCUCGGAUGAUUUUCAGACAAAUCAAUGAACCAAAUGUUGUCUUGUGGACUUCAAUGAUUUCUGGCUGUGCUCUACAUGGUCAAGGAAGGGAAGCAAUUAGUCUUUUUGAAGGAAUGUUGAAUAAGGGUAUCAUCCCGAAUGAGGUUACUUUUGUAGGGGUUUUAAAUGCAUGCAGCCAUGUAGGACUUAUUGAAGAAGGAAGUCGUUAUUUUAGGAUGAUGAAAGAUACUUAUCACAUCAUCCCUGAAGUUGAACACUACACCUCUAUGGUCAAUCUUUAUGGUAGAGCAGGUCAAUUGAUUGAAGCAAAGAACUUUAUUUUUGAAAAUGGUAUCUCUCACUUGACAUCUGUAUGGACAUCAUUUUUAUCUUCGUGCCGACUUCAUAAAAAUAUUGAGAUGGGAAAAUCGGUUUCCGAAAUGUUACUUCAAAGUGCGCCGUCUGAUCCAGGCGCGUACAUUUUGCUAUCAAACAUGUGUUCUUCUAAUAAUCGAUGGGAUGAGGCUGCCACGGUAAGGAGUUUAAUGCAUCAAAGAGGUGUUAAAAAGCAACCUGGUCAAUCUUGGAUUCAGCUAAAGGAUCAAAUCCACACUUUUGUAGUGGGAGAUAGGUCUCAUCCACAAGACAAUGAAAUAUAUUCAUAUCUUGACUCUUUAAUAGGAAGAUUGAAGGAAAUUGGAUAUUCCUAUGAUGUGAAAUUGGUUAUGCAAGAUGUAGAAGAAGAACAAAGGGAAGUACUAAUUAGUCAUCACAGUGAAAAACUUGCACUUGUCUUUGGUAUCAUUAACACUAUGCACAGGACUCCAAUUCGAAUCAUGAAGAAUCUCCGCAUCUGUACUGACUGUCACAACUUCAUCAAGUAUGCAUCUCAGCUUCUAGAACGUGAAAUAAUUGUUAGAGAUACACAUAGGUUCCAUCAUUUUAAGCAGGGUAGAUGCUCUUGUGGAGACUAUUGGUGA